UGUGUGUGUGUGUGUGUGUGUGUGUGUGUGUGUGUGUGUGUGUGUGUGUGUGUUCUAACAUGCUUUUGUCAUUCUCAGGUUCAAGGGAAAAAGAAAGGCGUGGAUCAGCUCGGUGCUGAGUCUGUAAUCAUCGCAACCACCACGCUGGGAGAACCUGGGAAUGUGACUAAUCUGCGAAUGGAGGUUGCAAACGGGACUUCCCUGCUGGUGACUUGGGAUUACACCGAAGGCAGCCCCCUUGAUGGAGAGCUUGAGUCCUUCAAAGUGUCCUGGGGAGUACAAGGAGAGGCCACAGGACGGAAACAGCAAACAGUGGGACUACUGAAGACAUUUCUUAUAAACCACCUUCAACCCAACACUUCAUACACCAUCAAGGUUCGAGGGAAGAACAAAGGCGUGGAUCAGCUCGGUGCUGAGUCUGAAAUCACCGCCACCACGCUGGGAGAACCUGGGAAAGUGACCAGUCUGCGAAUGGAAGAGGCACACGGGACUGCCCUGCUGGUGACUUGGGAUUACCCCCAGGACAGCCCCCAACAAGGGGAGCUUGAGUCCUUCAUAGUGUCCUGGGGAGUACAAGGAGAGGCCAUAGGACUGAAACAACAAACAGUGGGACUACAGAAGAGAUUUCGUAUAUUGAACCUUCAACCCAACACUUCAUACACCAUCAAGGUUCAAGGGAAGAACAAAGGCGUGGAUCAGCUCGGUGCUGAGUCUGUAAUCAUCGCAACCACCACGCUGGGAGAACCUGGGAAUGUGACUAAUCUGCGAAUGGAGGUUGCAAACGGGACUUCCCUGCUGGUGACUUGGGAUUACACCGAAGGCAGCCCCCUUGAUGGAGAGCUUGAGUCCUUCAAAGUGUCCUGGGGAGUACAAGGAGAGGCCACAGGACGGAAACAGCAAACAGUGGGACUACUGAAGACAUUUCUUAUAAACCACCUUCAACCCAACACUUCAUACACCAUCAAGGUUCGAGGGAAGAACAAAGGCGUGGAUCAGCUCGGUGCUGAGUCUGAAAUCACCGCCACCACGCUGGGAGAACCUGGGAAAGUGACCAGUCUGCGAAUGGAAGAGGCACACGGGACUGCCCUGCUGGUGACUUGGGAUUACCCCCAGGACAGCCCCCAACAAGGGGAGCUUGAGUCCUUCAUAGUGUCCUGGGGAGUACAAGGAGAGGCCAUAGGACUGAAACAACAAACAGUGGGACUACAGAAGAGAUUUCGUAUAUUGAACCUUCAACCCAACACUUCAUACACCAUCAAGGUUCAAGGGAAGAACAAAGGCGUGGAUCAGCUCGGUGCUGAGUCUGUAAUCAUCGCAACCACCACGCUGGGAGAACCUGGGAAUGUGACUAAUCUGCGAAUGGAGGUUGCAAACGGGACUUCCCUGCUGGUGACUUGGGAUUACACCGAAGGCAGCCCCCUUGAUGGAGAGCUUGAGUCCUUCAAAGUGUCCUGGGGAGUACAAGGAGAGGCCACAGGACGGAAACAGCAAACAGUGGGACUACUGAAGACAUUUCUUAUAAACCACCUUCAACCCAACACUUCAUACACCAUCAAGGUUCGAGGGAAGAACAAAGGCGUGGAUCAGCUCGGUGCUGAGUCUGAAAUCACCGCCACCACGCUGGGAGAACCUGGGAAAGUGACCAGUCUGCGAAUGGAAGAGGCACACGGGACUGCCCUGCUGGUGACUUGGGAUUACCCCCAGGACAGCCCCCAACAAGGGGAGCUUGAGUCCUUCAUAGUGUCCUGGGGAGUACAAGGAGAGGCCAUAGGACUGAAACAACAAACAGUGGGACUACAGAAGAGAUUUCGUAUAUUGAACCUUCAACCCAACACUUCAUACACCAUCAAGGUUCGAGGGAAGAACAUAGGCGUGGAUGAACUCGGUGCUGAGUCUGAAAUCAUCGCCACCACCACGCUGGGAGAGCCUGGGAAUGUGACAAAUUUGCGAACGGAAGAGGCAAACGGGACUUCCCUGCUGGUGGCGUGGGACUACCUCCAGAACAGCCCCCUUAAUGGACAGCUUGAGUCCUUCAUAGUGUCCUGGGAUGUACAAGGAGAGGCCACAGGACGGAAACAGCAAACAGUGGGACUACACAGGAGAUUUCUUAUAAACCACCUUCAACCCAACACUACAUACACCAUCAAGAUUCGAGGAAAGACCGAAGACGUGUAUCAGCUCGGUGCUGAGUCUGAAAUCAUCGCCACCACGCUGGGAGAACCUGGGAAAGUGACAAGUCUGCGAAUGGAAGAGGCACACGGGACUUCCCUGCUGGUGACUUGGGAUAACCCAAUGGAUAGCCCCCUUAAUGAAGAGCUUGAGUCCUUCAUAGUGUCCUGGGGAGUACAAGGAGAGGCCACAGGAUGGAAACACCUAACGGUGGGACUACAGAAAAGAUUUCUUAUAAACCACCUUCAACGCAACACUUCAUACACCAUCAAGGUUCAGGGGAAGAACAAAGGCGUGGAUCAGCUCGGUGCUGAGUCUGAAAUCACCGCCACCACGCUGGGAGAACCUGGGAAAGUGACCAGUCUGCGAAUGGAAGAGGCACACGGGACUGCCCUGCUGGUGACUUGGGAUUACCCCCAGGACAGCCCCCAACAAGGGGAGCUUGAGUCCUUCAAAGUGUCAUGGGAAGUACAAGGAGAGGCCACAGGACUGAAACAGCAAACAGUGGGACUACAGAAGAGAUUUCUUAUAAUGAACCUUCAACCCAACACUUCAUACACCAUCAAGGUUCAAGGGAAGAACAAAGGCGUGGAUCAGCUCGGUGCUGAGUCGGAAAUCAUCGCCACCACGCUGGGAGAACCUGGGAAAGUGACAAAUCUGCGAACGGAGGAGGCAAACGGGACUUCCUUGCUGGUGACUUGGGAUAACCCCCAGGACAGCCCCUCUAAAGAAGAGCUUGAGUCCUUCAAAGUGUCCUGGGUAGUACAAGGAGAGGCCACAGGACGGGAAGAGCAAACAGUAGGACUACAGAAGAGAUUUCUCAUAAACCACCUUCAGCCCAACACUUCAUACACCAUCAAGGUACGAGGGAAGAACAGAGGCGUGGAAAAGUUCGGUGCCGCGUCUAAAAUCAUCGCCAGCACCACGUUGGGAGUACCACCGCAAGUCGUGGAACUGAAGAAUUCAAACGCCACUGUGUCGUGGCUCACUGUGUCGUGGCCAACACCCGAGACCAACACGGGUAUCACCAGCUUCUACAACGUUGUGCUCCGGCCCGCUGCUGCUGCUGUUGCUGCCACCGACAGCCGUCAGUGGAACAAAACCGUUUACACAACACAGGCUGAGUUCGAUGGCCUGGAUGUCGAAACGAGGUACAGGGCUCAAGUGCAGGCCUGCAACAACGAGAGCUGUGGCGAGACAGUGGUGGGAGACGUCUGGACGCGCCCCGCCCGCCUGCGCCUCCUGACGGGGAAAGUGGACCUUGGGGAGUCCACUGAGACCACCAUGACCAUCCGGCUGCCCCUCCUCGCCAACCCCCCCGGGUCGCACUACGUGAUGGUGCAGCGGGACGAGACAGUAGUGCCGUCAAGGAAAUCAGAUCAGGACCUCAUGAAUACAGCGCUCACCCUCGUGGAGAGCAUGGAAAAUAAUGCAACUAGCAAGAACAGUUCACUUGACUCUCCCAAAAUGUACAUUGCGGCCAAGCUGCAGCAGGAGGAUGACAAGAGGCUACAAGUGACUUUGGGCGACGACAAGAGUUACGAAGGUUACUACAACCAGCCCUUCAAGAAGGACGCCGCCUACUGGACGCUGGUGGUGACAGAGAAGAAGAGCGGCUCCUGGACUGAGAGGGUGUGCAGUGUCCCCCGCAGAUUUGUGGCAGCCCCCAACAACACAUUUGAGGGGCUGGGUCUGGCGGCUGGGAUGGCGGCGAUGUUGUUGGUGAUAGCAGCGCUGGCCAUUGUUUGCAUAAAGAAACGGCAACAACCAAGGGUGGAACUGUCCAGAGACCACAUCGUAAAUAAGCCCCAUGUGCCGUCGCAGCCUGGGCUGGCCGUCUCCUGGCGCGCCGGCAGCAAGGCUGCCGACGAGGACAACCAAGCGGAUCCGCCCAGCGUUGCCACGCUGCUCCCGCGUGUGCCGCAGCAAAAGGAGCAGCCCGACUAUCUGGACAUGGGCGGCGAGGAGGAGGAGGAUCAUAUCUACGAUGAAUUCCCCGAGAUUCUGCCCUGCAAAGUGUACAAGGAUGAAGCCCUCGAUGAUGCUACUUACCCUGCCCUUAUGCGCGACCCCCCGGGCACACCCUCAGGGGUCACGGAGGGGUGAGGGCGUGCUGACAACAACAACAACAACAACAAGAAAAUAAGUAUGGUAAAAAUAACAACAACAAUGAUAAUAAUAAUAAUAAUAAUAAUAAUAAUAAUAAUAAUAAUAAUAAUAAUAACAAAGUAGAAGAAGAAAAGUAGAAGAUGAAGAACAAGAAGAAGUAAGAGCAGAUGAAGAACAAGAAGAAGUAGAAGAUGAAGAACAAGAAGAAGUAGAAGAAGAUGAAGAACAAGAAAAAGAAGUAGAAGAAGAUGAAGAACAAGAAGAAGAAAUAGAAGAAGAUGAAAAACAAGAAGAAGAAGAAGUAGAAGAAGCUGAAGAACAAGAAGAAGAAGAAAAAGAAGAGGUAAACAUUGAAGGAGAAGAAGAAGAAAAAGUACAAGAAGAAGAAGAGGAACAAGAAGAACAAAAAGAACAAGAAGAACAAAAAGAACAAGAAGAAUGACAAGAACGAAAAGAACAAGAACAAAAGAAAAAGAAGAGAAUAAUAGAACUAGAGUAAUACGAGAAGAGAAAGAAAUAGAAAAUAAGGAAGUGAAACAAAGAAAAAGACGGAAACAGUGUAGAGAAUAAAGAGAAGAGAGGAACCGAAUGAAAAGGGCACAUAAGGAAAGGAAAGAGAGGAGAAAAGGGAAGAGUUGAGGAAAGACAGAAGAAUGGAAGGUGAGGAAAGAGAAGAAAAAAGGGAAGAGAUGAGGAAAUACAGAAGAAUGGAAGGAAUUGCUAAAAGAGGAAGAAAGGAAGAUAAGAAGAAAUAGAGCAAAACGAAAAUACAGAAUGGAAUCAAAGAAAUAACGAAAGCAAAAGAGAAGAAAGGAAAUACAAAAGAUAUAAAAAAGGCAAGGGAAAUAAGAACAAAGGAAGAAGAAAGAAACGGAGAACAACAGAAAUGAAAAGGAAGUACAGAUGAGAUGGAAGAAGACAAAGCAGAUACCGAAAACGAAAUAGAAAAGAGUAAUGAAGAAAAAGACUAGAGGAAAGGGAAGAUGGGAAGGAAGAGGGAAUAACAAGAAAACAAAAUCAAAAGAAGAGGAAAGCAGCAAAGAAUAAGAAGAAAGGGAGAAUGCAUGACGUGAGAGAGAGAGAGAGAGAGAGAGAGAGAGAGAGAGAGAGAGAGAGAGAGAGAGAGAGAGAGAGAGAGAA